AUGACAACAACAGUAGGCCCGACAGAAGGUACAUCGACUAUCCUACCACCGCCUGGCUGUACAGCCAGCUGCAUUACAACAGUUAUUGUUACUGCAACUGCAACUGCCGGAGCUACAACGACAACAACGGUAGGUCCAACGGCUGGUACGUCGACAGUCCUACCACCUCCUGGAUGCACUACCAACUGUAUUACGGUCAUUAUUGUUACUACACUUCCUGCCUUAAGUGCUACAACGAGAACAACAGUAGGUCCUACCGCUGGUACCUCGACAAUCCCGCCGCCACUUGGAUUAACGACAACAACAGUAGGCCCAACAGAAGGUAUAUCGACUAUCCUACCACCGCCCGGCUGUACAGCCAGCUGCGUUACAACAGUUAUUGUUACUGCAACUGCAACUGCCGGUGCUACAACAACAACAACGAUAGGUCCAACGGCUGGUACGUCGACAGUCCUACCACCUCCUGGAUGCACUACCAACUGUAUUACGGUCAUUAUUGUUACUACACUUCCUGCCUUAAGUGCUACAACGAGAACAACAGUAGGUCCUACCGCUGGUACCUCGACAAUCCCGCCGCCACUUGGAUGCCCGACAGAAGGUACAUCGACUAUCCUACCACCGCCCGGCUGUACAGCCAGCUGCGUUACAACAGUUAUUGUUACUGCAACUGCACCUGCCGGAGCUACAACAACAACAACAUGCUACAACGAGAACAACAGUAGGUCCUACCGCUGGUACCUCGACAAUCCCGCCGCCACUUGGAUUAACGACAACAACAGUAGGUCCAACGGCUGGUACAUCGACAGUCCUACCACCUCCUGGAUGCACUACCAACUGUAUUACGGUCAUUAUUGUUACCACACUUCCUGCCUUAAGUGCUACAACAAGAACAACAAUAGGUCCUACCGCUGGUACCUCGACAAUCCCGCCGCCACUUGGAUUAACGACAACAACAAUAGGCCCGACAGAAGGCACAUCGACUAUCCUACCACCGCCCGGGUGUACAGCCAGCUGCAUUACAACAGUUAUUGUUACUGCAACUGCAACUGCCGGAGCUACAACAACAACAACAAUAGGUCCAACGGCUGGUACGUCGACAGUCCUACCACCUCCUGGAUGCACUACCAAUUUAGGUCCUACCGCUGGUACCUCGACAAUCCCGCCGCCACUUGGAUUAACGACAACAACAGUAGGCCCGACAGAAGGUCCAACGGCUGGUACAUCAACAAUACCGCCGCCCCCUGGGUGCACGACCAACUGUAUAACUUCCAUUAUUGUUACUACACCUCCUCCCUUAAGUGCUACUACGAGAACAACAGUAGGUCCUACCGCUGGUACCUCGACAAUCCCGCCGCCACUUGGAUUAACGACAACAACAUUAGGCCCGACAGAAGCUGGAGCUACAACAACAACAACGGUAGGUCCAACGGCUGGUACGUCGACAGUCCUACCACCUCCUGGAUGCACUACCAACUGCAUGACGGUCAUUAUUGUUACUACACUUCCUUCCUUAAGUGCUACGACAAGAACAACAGUAGGUCCUACCGCUGGUACCUCGACAAUCCCGCCACCACUUGGAUUAACGACAACAACAUUAGGCCCGACAGAAGUAGGUCCAACGGCUGGUACGUCGACAGUCCUACCACCUCCUGGAUGCACUACCAACUGUAUUACGGUUAUUAUUGUUACCACACUUCCUGCCUUAAGUGCUACGACAAGAACAACAGUAGGUCCUACCGCUGGUACCUCGACAAUCCCGCCACCACUUGGAUUAACGACAACGACAGUAGGCCCGACAGAAGGUACAUCGACUAUCCUACCACCGUCCGGCUGUACAGCCAGCUGCAUUACAACAGUUAUUGUUACUGCAACUGCAACUGCUGGAGCUACAACGACAACAACGAUAGGUCCAACGGCUGGUACAUCAACGAUACCGCCGCCCCCUGGGUGCACGACCAACUGUAUAACUUCCAUUAUUGUUACUACACCUCCUGCAUUGAGUGCCACGACGAGAACAACAGUAGGUCCUACCGCGGGUACAUCGACAAUCCCGCCGCCACUUGGAUUAACGACAACAACAGUAGGACCGACAGAAGGCACAUCGACUAUCCUACCACCUCCCGGCUGUACAGCCAGCUGCGUUACAACAGUUAUUGUUACUGCAACUGCAACUGCCGGAGCUACAACAACAACAACGGUAGGUCCAACGGCUGGUACGUCGACAGUCCUACCACCUCCUGGAUGCACUACCAAUUUAGGUCCUACCGCUGGUACCUCGACAAUCCCGCCGCCACUUGGAUUAACGACAACGACAGUAGGCCCAACAGAAGGUCCAACGGCUGGUACGUCGACAGUCCUACCACCUCCUGGAUGCACUACCAACUGUAUAACGGUCAUUAUUGUUACUACACUUCCUCCCUUAAGUGCUACAACGAGAACAACAGUAGGUCCUACCGCUGGUACCUCGACAAUCCCGCCGCCACUUGGAUUAACGACAACAACAGUAGGCCCAACAGAAGGUACAUCGACUAUCCUACCACCAUCCGGCUGUACAGCCAGCUGCGUUACAACAGUUAUUGUUACUGCAACUGCAACUGCCGGAGCUACAACAACAACAACGGUAGGUCCAACGGCUGGUACAUCGACAGUCCUACCACCUCCUGGAUGCACUACCAACUGCAUAACGGUCAUUAUUGUUACCACACUUCCUGCCUUAAGUGCUACAACAAGAACAACAAUAGGUCCUACCGCUGGUACCUCGACAAUCCCGCCGCCACUUGGAUUAACGACAACAACAGUAGGCCCGACAGAAGGCACAUCGACUAUCCUACCACCGCCCGGGUGUACAGCCAGCUGCGUUACAACAGUUAUUGUUACUGCAACUGCAACUGCCGGAGCUACAACAACAACAACGAUAGGUCCAACGGCUGGUACGUCGACAGUCCUACCACCUCCUGGAUGCACUACAAAUUGUCCUACCGCUGGUACCUCGACAAUCCCGCCGCCACUUGGAUUAACGACAACAACAGUAGGCCCGACAGAAGGUACAUCGACUAUCUUACCACCUCCCGGCUGUACAGCCAGCUGCGUUACAACAGUUAUUGUUACUGCAACUGCAACUGCCGGAGCUACAACAACAACAACGGUAGGUCCAACGGCUGGUACGUCGACAGUCCUACCACCUCCUGGAUGCACUACAAACUGUAUGACGGUCAUUAUUGUUACUACACUUCCUCCCGUAAGUGCUACCACGAGAACAACAGUAGGUCCUACCGCUGGUACCUCGACAAUCCCGCCGCCACUUGGAUGUACGACCAACUGCGUUACAAGUAUUAUAGUUACGAUAACGGGUGGUGCAGUAACGACAACGACAGUAGGCCCAACAGAAGGUACAUCGACUAUCCUACCACCGCCCGGCUGUACAGCCAGCUGCGUUACAACAGUUAUUGUUACUGCAACUGCACCUGCCGGAGCGACAACAACAACAACGAUAGGUCCAACGGCUGGUACGUCGACAGUCCUACCACCUCCUGGAUGCACUACCAACUGUAUUACGGUCAUUAUUGUUACUACACUUCCUGCCUUAAGUGCUACGACAAGAACAACAGUAGGUCCUACCGCUGGUACCUCGACAAUCCCACCGCCACUUGGAUUAACGACAACAACAGUAGGCCCAAUAGAAGGUACAUCGACUAUCCUACCACCGUCCGGCUGUACAGCCAGCUGCGUUACAACAGUUAUUGUUACUGCAACUGCAACUGCCGGAGCUACAACAACAACAACGGUAGGUCCAACGGCUGGUACAUCAACAGUCCUACCACCUCCUGGAUGCACUACCAACUGCAUAACGGUCAUUAUUGUUACCACACUUCCUGCCUUAAGUGCUACAACAAGAACAACAAUAGGUCCUACCGCUGGUACCUCGACAAUCCCGCCGCCACUUGGAUUAACGACAACAACAUUAGGCCCGACAGAAGGCACAUCGACUAUCCUACCACCGCCCGGGUGUACAGCCAGCUGCGUUACAACAGUUAUUGUUACUGCAACUGCAACUGCCGGAGCUACAACAACAACAACGAUAGGUCCAACGGCUGGCACGUCGACAGUCCUACCACCUCCUGGAUGCACUACCAAUUUAGGUCCUACCGCUGGUACCUCGACAAUACCGCCGCCACUUGGAUUAACGACAACGACAGUAGGCCCGACAGAAGGUACAUCGACUAUCCUACCACCGUCCGGCUGUACAGCCAGCUGCGUUACAACAGUUAUUGUUACUGCAACUGCAACUGCUGGAGCUACAACGACAACAACGAUAGGUCCAACGGCUGGUACAUCAACGAUACCGCCGCCCCCUGGGUGCACGACCAACUGUAUAACUUCCAUUAUUGUUACUACACCUCCUGCCUUGAGUGCCACGACGAGAACAACAGUAGGUCCUACCGCAGGUACAUCGACAAUCCCGCCGCUACUUGGAUGACAACGCCUUGGACUGGUAUUGGGACGAGAACUAGUACAGUUCCCCCUACUGGUACCCUUCCAGGAACUGUUAUUAUUGAAACCCCAGAAACCUAUAAUACAGUAACAACGCCCUGGACUGGUGUUGGAACUAGAACAACGACGGUCCCUCCUACUGGCACCAUUCCUGGUACCGUUAUUAUUCAGACUCCUACCAGCUCCCUCCCGGUAUUUAGCUUUGUAACCAUAACGACUCAAUGGACUGGUAUCGGGAUAGUAACGAGUACGAUCUCUCCAACUGGCACCAUUCCCGGAACUGUUAUUGUUCAAACACCUAUGAUAUAUGUAACAAUGACCACACCUUGGACUGGUAUUGGGACGAGAACUACUACAGUUCCCCCUACCGGUACCCUUCCAGGAACCGUUAUUAUUGAAACCCCAGAAACCUAUAAUACGGUGACAACGCCCUGGACUGGUGUUGGAACUAGAACAACGACGGUUCCUCCUACUGGCACCAUUCCCGGUACCGUUAUUGUUCAAACACCUAUGAUAUACGUAACAAGGACAACGCCUUGGACUGGUAUUGGGACGAGAACUACUACAGUUCCCCCUACUGGUACCCUUCCAGGAACUGUUAUUAUUGAAACCCCAGAAACCUAUAAUACAGUGACAACGCCCUGGACAGGUGUUGGAACUAGAACAACGACAGUCCUUCCGACUGGUACCGUUCCUGGUACCGUGAUUAUUCAAACACCUAUGAUAUACGUAACAAGGACAACGCCUUGGACUGGUAUUGGGACGAGAACUAGUACAGUUCCCCCUACUGGAACCCUUCCAGGAACUGUUAUUAUUGAAACCCCAGAAACCUAUAAUACAGUGACAACGCCCUGGACUGGGGUUGGAACUAGAACAACGACAAUCCUUCCGACUGGUACCAUUCCCGGUACCGUUAUUAUUCAAACACCUAUGAUAUACGUAACAAGGACAACGCCUUGGACUGGUAUUGGGACGAGAACUACUACAGUUCCCCCUACUGGUACUCUUCCUGGAACUGUUAUUAUUGAAACCCCAGAAACCUAUAAUACAGUGACAACGCCCUGGACUGGGGUUGGAACUAGAACAACGACGGUCCUUCCGACUGGUACCAUUCCCGGUACCGUAAUUAUUCAAACACCUAUAAUAUACGUAACAAGGACAACGCCUUGGACUGGUAUUGGGACGAGAACUAGUACAGUUCCCCCUACUGGUACCCUUCCAGGAACCGUUAUUAUUGAAACCCCAGAAACCUAUAAUACAGUAACAACGCCCUGGACUGGUGUUGGAACUAGAACAACGACGGUUCCCCCUACCGGUACUAUUCCAGGGACUAUUAUUAUUCAAACACCUCUAACAUAUAUAACAAUAACUACGCCUUGGACCGGUAUCGGGACCUCAACUACUACUGUUCCUCCUAGUGGUACUCGUCCUGGAACCGUUAUUGUUGAGACUCCACUAACUUACGUUACAAUGACGACGUUUUGGACUGGUACUAGGAUUACUACUACUACAGUACCUCCAAGUGGAACAAAUUCUGGGACAGUUAUUAUUAAGACACCGUGCUCUAUGGAUGAUAUAAACGUAUCCCUUGCAGCGAGUUCUACACAAGGCGCUGAGACUACUUGGACCGUUCCGCCUUGUGCUUCUACUAUGAGCUUUAGUCUUGUUGGAGGUCGUGGUACUGGUGCUAGUACUAACAUUGACCAAACGUGGUCCAUCGGCGGGCUUAUUGUUGGCUCAAUUAAUGUUGUACCUGGCGAAGUAGUUGUUGCAGUAGCUGGUGGCUCUGGAUCUGGCGCUAGCCCAGGAACAAGCGCGUAUGGGAAUGGAGGAGCAGGCGGGCUUGCAACCCGUUCAUGGAUGCCUGAUGGUGCUGCAGGGGGUGGAGCAUCUGCUCUAUAUCUGAACAGUACCUUGUUAGCAGUCGGUGGGGGAGGCGGGGGCCAGAAUUACGCCAGGUCAUAUUCCGGAACUUAUGCGUUUAACCCGAAUUGGGCUAUAUAUCCGACUUACAUAAACCAAGGUCCCGGUAUCACCUUUGGCUACGAUAUGAACUUUACAAGAAACGAUAAAUCACAAUACAUAGUUAAUGGAGUUGGCUUUGGGCCCGCUUGCUGUUCGGCUGGGGUAGCAGGGGGUGCGAUUGGGUAUAGUUUCGUUUUAUCUGGAGCAGGUAUUCCCUUUGUCUCUCCAGCGCCAAAUGAUUAUGGAUUUUUUAGUCAAGGGGGCCUUCCAGGGCUUAAUGGAGUCCCAGGUGCCGGGGGUAUUACUCAAAUACAAUCAUGGGCAGCACCCUAUACAAGUAUUGUAAAUGGUAACCCUGGUAAUGGGAAUAAUGGUGGGAAUGGGGUACAAUCACCGCCGGUUGUAGUGCUUAGUAGCGGCACUUUUUAUGCUGGAACGUCAUGCGGUGGUGGCGGAGGCUAUGGCGGCGGCGGCGGCGGUGGUGCUGUUAGCUAUACAUAUAGUACUAGUUAUCCUGCUUGGGGUCACACUGGAUUAGUACAGGGAUCAUUGGGUGCUGGUGGAGGAAAUUUUGCGUCCAACAUUCUUUUGACUUCUUCUAUAAGCUUGGGGUUGCUUGUACAGCAGGGGACGGUUAACGUUACAUUUUCCUAA